AUGUCGACGAAGGACGGAGGACCGGCCGUUUGCAACAGCUGCAACGCUACGAUUCAAGGCAGAAUCGUGACGGCGCUGAACAAGAAGUGGCACCCGGAGCACUUCGCGUGCCACACCUGCCGGAAGCCGAUAGACGGCUCCAAGUUCCACCAGCACGAUGGCGGCGUCCACUGCGUCACCUGCUACGCCAAGCACUACAGCCCGCGCUGCCACGGCUGCGGCGACCCCAUCACCGACCGGGUGAUCCAGGCGCUGGGCGUGUCGUGGCACUCGCACCACUUCGUCUGCGGCGGCUGCAGGAAGGAGCUGGGCGGCGGAGGCUUCAUGGAACAGGCCGGUCGGCCGUACUGCUCGGCGUGCUACGCCGACAAGUUCGCCGCGAGAUGCGCCGGCUGCGCCAAGCCCAUCGUGGACAAGGCCAUCAUCGCGCUCGACGCCAAGUGGCACGGCGGAUGCUUCACUUGCAAGAAAUGCAGCAACCCCGUCACAGACUCGACAUUCUCGGUGAUGGACAACAAGCCGCUGUGUGGGAAAUGCGCA